AUGAUUGGCAUCGCCUUCAUUGCGUUUCUCUCGGCAGCGCCAGCUGUACUUGCCUCACCACUGGACAAAAAGUCGACCAUUGACGAUUGCCUCGCUGCAGCUGGAGUCCCAUACAACAAGAAGGGAAGCUCUCAGUGGGACGUCGACGGCUCUCCAUUCAACAUUAGAAUACCGUUCACACCCAUAUCCAUCGCUGUGCCCCUUACAACAGAACAUAUACAAGCAGCAGUAAAAUGCGGUCGUGACAACGGUGUUAAGGUCACUCCGAAAUGUGGCGGCCAUAGCUAUGCCAAUUUUGGCUUUGGGGGUGAGGAUGGUCACCUGAUGUUGGAGCUCGACCAUAUGUAUAACGUUACCCUCAACAAUGCAACUGGAAUUGCAACUGUACAGGCCGGAGCUCGAUUAGGGCAUGUUGCAAGUGAACUUUACAAGCAAGGUUCAAAAGCAAUUAGUCAUGGGACCUGUCCUGGUCAACAAAGCGUGGGAAGUGCGGGUCAUGUCCUUCAUGGAGGUUACGGUAUGAGCUCUCACACCAAAGGACUGGCCCUUGACUGGCUUAUUGGCGCCAAAGUUGUCCUCGCAAAUAGCACUGUUGUUACCGCAUCGGAGGUCGAGAACCCCAGUCUGUUCUGGGCGCUGAAGGGAGCUGGUAGCUCCCUCGGUGUGGUUACCGAGUUUUAUUUCAAGACCUUUGACGCGCCAAAACAAGCUACUAAUUUUCUAGCCAUGUUGCAAUGGGACGCAAAGAAGUCUGUUGACUACUUCAAAGUGCUACAAGACUGGGCUGAAAAUGAGAUGCCAAGGGAGCUGAAUAUGCGUCUCUUCAUCACUCCACGAUUUACCAAUCUUGAAGGCAUGUUUUAUGGGGAUAAGCCAGGGUUGCAAGCGGUUCUGGACCCGUUGCUUUCGAAGCUAGGAGGACGAUUGGCGACCUCGCAGACGACCGACUGGCUUACCAACUUGCAACACUUUGGCAAUGGUUUGGCACUUGACCAAAAGGACACUUACAAAAAGCAAGAGAACUUUCACUCCUCAAGUCUGUACACAGACAAGCUCUCCACUGCACAAAUCCAAUCCUUCGUCAGUUACUGGUAUAGCAUAGGCAAACCUCUCAAGCGUGAUUGGUACGUGCAAAUCGAUUUUCAUGGUGGCAAGAACUCGGCCAUUACUGAGGUUCCAACCAACUCUUCUUCCUACGCCCACCGCAACAAGCUGCUGCUCUACCAGUUCUACGAUCGAGUCGAUCUGUCUGCUAUUUACCCCAAGGAUGGAUUUCAAUUUCUUGAAAACUUCAUUUCAAAUACCACUAUUGAUAUGGAGGCAGAGGAGCAUGGUAUGUAUUUCAACUAUCCCGAUCCAAACAUGGAUCAGGACAAAGCACAGAUGAGGUACUGGGGAGACAAUCUUGCGCGAUUGAGGGAGGUCAAAGCGGCUGUAGAUCCCACUGAAGUGUUCUACUUCCCUCAGAGUGUUCGGCCAGCGAUCAUCGUCUAA